UGCCGUUUGGUGCUACGCUGACACCGCAUGUCAUUUUGAGUUUUGCGUCUUUACCUAACAAAGUCAUGUUAGAAUAUGUCAGUUAUCCCGUGAGAGCUUUUGAGCCGAACCCACUAAAGUGUUUCAGAUGCCAAGCUUAUGGUCAUGUUGCAGCAGCAGUGUGUAGGAGAGCAUUGGCCCGAAGGAAUGUUAGUAUCAAUUGUGGGGGUUCCCAUGUUGCUGGGGAUCAGAAGUGCCUUAGUGCGAGAGAGACUGGUUAAGGUUGCCAGAGUCAGAGUAGAACAGAAGGUGUCGUAUGCUGAGGCAGUGAAGAGAGUAGAGGAUGAUGGGUCAAGGGUGAGUAGUAGGCCUUGGCCAAUACAGUGAUAUGAAUUUGUGCUUCAGUAAGGUUGGCUUCUUAGUAUUCAUAGCCAUGGUUAUCAACUGUACCACAUAAAUGGAACCUAAAUCACAGAAAAUAGAUGUUGUGGCAGCUGCAAAGAAGUACUUGGGUGUACAAGGUUUUUCUGCAGGAGAGUUACAAGGUGUGUUGAACGAAAUAGUAGGCCUGGUGUAGGAUCAGUUAGGGUCAACGUAGUGGACUGGGGUGGUGGUGUUUUUUUAAUUAAUUAGUGGUAUAUAGGUGAAGGGCUAGUCUGGUGGUACAAUUGUUUUCCUUUCCCUCUAACCUUUUUGCAUCACUCAAUUUAACGUGAACGCCCACACUCCCGCACAGUAGGUGGCGGCAUGCACAAACAACGUGCGAACACCAUGAUCCCGAAGAAACAGAAGUAGUGUAGUGAACAACUACAAUUUCCACGUUGGCGUUUUUGUUGUUAUUUAGACGUUUAUUAACACAUUGGAACUCAAAAUACGAGCAUCAUAAAUGUACCUCAGGUAGUCUUUACUUCGCGUUGGAAGUAAAGACUAGGUAACGCUAGCUAGCUGCUAACCUAACGAUGGCUAACUGUAUGGUUUUUCACACUCAAAUAGCCUCCAUUAUGGAGGUUCUAGCGAAUGCAGCCGUGUCAGAGAUCUGUAAACUAGUAGACGACGAGUAUGCAGUGUUUCGUUUGGAAAUAACUCAAAGCCAGAAAGAAAACAGGGGAUUGCGGAGGAAACUACAGGUACUGGAACUGAAGGUGGCACGGGAGCGCGCAGAGAGGACAAUACGAGAGCGCGUCCUCGCCAGUCGUCCCAGUAGUGUCAAGAUCCUCGACCGAUACAGCGGAAUGGCAAGAGGUGAAGGACAUCUCACUGGAGGCGACAGGAGCUUUGUGAAGCCAGCGGGACAUAAUGUGUGGAGAGAUGAACAAAACAUAGCAAUUGAGUCUGCAGAUGCAGAGGCUGCAGGUCCUGAAGGAUUGUCUCUGGUCAAGCAGGAGAGGACUGAAGGAGAGGACCCACAACACAGCAGAGACAUUCAGACUGGAGCAGCGGCUGGAGUGGCGCCAUCUGUAGCCACAGAGGACCUUGCGACUGCUGCCGCGACCCAAUGCAGAAUCACGGUCAGUGAGGUCAGUGGAAUGCCGAACGCCGUCCUCAAGUCAGAGACAGACAACGAGACUUUAACUGUAACACAAAGGAUCUUACACACAGGAUCUGACCACAGAUCAGACCCAGAGAGACUGGGGCAGGGGCUACUGGGCUGUCCUGCUCCUGGCUCAGAGUAUUUACUUUACGAUAACCCAAGCCCGAGGACGGUUCAUUCCCAUCUGGACUUGGGUGAUGCGUCAGAGACUGUCAAUGAUCCGUCUUGUUCUUACAAUACAGAGUUGGGCCCUGGCAACAUGCCCUUGGGUUUAGAGACACAGACUGAUCUGUCUAGAGUGGAAUGGAACCGGUACAGUAGUAGUGUAUACUCUGAAGGGAGCCAAGAUAAGAAAGGGGAGGCUAUAGUGGUAGAUGAGGUGAAAGUGGAGGGCGACGCUCCUCCCACAUGGAGUGCAGAUAGUCUCCUGGGAGACGGACACUCACAGGGCAGAGUUUUCUUAGAUUACAGGGGAAGCUUAGAGACGAAUCGAAAUGGUGCCACCCACUCCCCUUUACACGCAUUCAGGGAUCGCGACCCAGUGUCCACGUCGACGACACCUUCCGAUUCACAAGGCUGCGUUCUUUUCGAUCAGGUAUUGAACUCAAAUGACCAAAGGGCCAAGGCUCGGGGAGGGGGAGCAACAUCAGGCAAUAGUAAAGAGAAACGGUUCCUCUGCAUGUUCUGUAACAAAGGCUUCAGUUGCCCCCAGAAGGUGGAGAUCCACCAGAGAGUCCACACAGGUGUGAAACCCUUCAGCUGUACCCAGUGUCACAUGAGCUUCGCCCAGGCUGGUGACCUGAAGAGGCACCAGAGGGUCCACACAGGGGAGAAACCCUUCAGCUGCCCACAGUGUGAGAAGAGGUUCUCCCAGGCUGGUGACCUGAAGAGGCACCAGAGGGUCCACACAGGGGAGAAACCCUACAGUUGUACCCAGUGUCACAUGCGCUUCGCCCUGGCUGGCAACCUGAAGAUGCACCUGAAGGUCCACACGGGAGAGAGGCCAUUCGCCUGUAGGCAUUGCGGGAAGAGGUUCUCAGAGAGGAGCUACCUCAGGAUACACCAGCAGAAAAACCAUUCUACUCUGUAAAAUAGAAAAUAAUUUAACUUAAUAGCUUCUGACAUUUAGAUCAAAUGCUGCAUUAACCCCCCAGCGUGAGUUUUUUGGUUAUGCGCGUGAUAUCAGAAUGCAUUCAUUAGCUAGGUUUCCAUCCCAAUUGGCAACAGAUUUUCAAUGGAAUAUUCUCAAAUCUGCAUAAAAACAAUGUGCACAUUUUCCCACCAGAAAUGUUUCCAUCAAAUCAGUGCGUGAUGACGUAGUGCACCCAAAAUGUACUUUUUCGAUUCAAGUUUUCAUGUACCAAAUAAAAAUAUAAAAGUUCAAUGUGUUUCCAUCGCAUUUUCAACUCUACUGAUAGUUUUGUCAUAAACAGCAAAUGUGUCUAAUUUGGUCUUGGCACCUGCGCUCUAGCCAACAGCUCGCAGAUACAAUACGGGUAGGCGGUGGCUUGUCUAGUCUACAUGAUGAGAUUAUUAUGGAUAACAGCGAAUAUAUUUGUCAAAAGGCAGUCAAUUAUCGAUCAUGUCGCAGCAUCAAGCACUUUCACAACAUAUUUCCUCUGAAGCCUAAUAAACUGCAUGGUUUCUCAAGUCAUAGUGGGAGGACCACACACCAUAUCAUCGCGUGACUCCAAAUUUACUUAGAUACGCUGGUUAUUAUAUAAUUAUUUGCACAUAAAGCGUUUUCACUGGCAUUUCCUGUGUUAAUUUUACCGACACAAAGAUCCCUCCAUGUCGAAGGAACAAAUUAUCUGUUGCCAUUUUUUUAAAAUUACACUGAAACUUCCAUGUUUCCAUCACAGCUGCCGUGAUUUUUCUUUAAACAAAAAAAUGACACAUUUUUGGAUGGAAAUGUAAUUGGUGUUCCAAAAUGUGAUUGUUAUGCAGGACAGUCAACCUGUCUAGGACACAGGUUCUGCUAACGGAACCCCCGCCCCCAACAUACCACUGAAAAGGCAGCGCGGGAAAUUCAAAAAUAUUUUUUUGAAAUAUUUGACUUUCAUACAAUAACAAGUCCAAUAAAGCAAAUGAAAGAUAAACAUCUCGUUAAUCUACCCAAGUGUCUGAUUUUUAAAAUGUUUUACAGCGAAAACACAACAUAUUUAUGUUAGAUCUCCACCAAAUCCCCCAAAAAAGCAAUUUUUCCCAGCCAAAGAUGGUGACAAAAGCAGAAUUAGAGAUAAAAUUAAUCACUAACCUUUGAUAAUCUUCAUCAGAUGACACUCAUUUGACAUCAUGUUACACAAUACAUUUAUGUUUUGUUCGAUAAUAUGCAUAUUUAUAUCCACAAUCUCGGUUUACAUUGGUGCCAUGUUCAGAAAUGCCUCCAAAAUAUCCAGAGUAAUUAUAGAGAGCCACGUCAUAUAACAGAAAUACUCAUCAUAAACUUUGACGAAAGAUACAUGUUUUACAUAUAAUUAAAGAUACACUGGUUGUUAAUGCAACCGCUGUGUCAGAUUUAAAAAAAAAAACGUUACGAAAAAAGC